AUGCCUUCAAGGGUUUCCAUCUUUCUCUUCUCUUCUCUGACCUUUCUCUCCGUUGCUUUUGCUGACGAGAGAGCCCCCCACGGCCUUGCCAGAGCAAACCCAAUGGGAAUUUCACCGUCAGCGUAUGAUUUCUUCAAUCCAACGUCACAAAACCCCAUUUCCAAAGACCCAUGUGUUGCAUCCAGUUGCUCACCAUUGCAUGUGGCAGCUCAAGUGCAAGCAACAGAAGCACACGAGAGCAAAUACUCUACAUCACAGAAAGGCGGUACGGGAUACGGAGCUGCUGGGGUUGCUGGCAUUGUGUGCGGUUUAGCAUUUGCAGUCUUUCUGGCAAUGGGGGCUUACCAUGUGUUUGUCACACGCAGAUCACAUAUGAGUCGACCCAACACAGUUCAACCCGAUGUAUGA